AUGACAGCCCCCGAAUCCAAACGUCCCGUAGUUUGCGUUUUCUGCGGCUCUGUCGAAGGGACCAACCCCGCACACAUGGAUACCGCCCGACGCCUCGCCCAGAUCUUCCACGAGAACAAUAUCCAGCUCGUCUACGGCGGCGGCACAAAAGGCCUGAUGGGCGAGAUCGCGCGCACCCUAGUAUCCCUCUCGGGUCCCGACGCUGUGCACGGCAUUAUCCCGCGUGCUCUUGUGAGCGUUGAACCAGGUUACAAGAGCAAUAAUCAGGAAAAGACGCCAUCAACGUCCUCAGCAGCUAGUACUACAGGUGGCGGAGGGAAGGAAGCCGAGCGCGUUGUUAAUGAGGGCGGGACGCCGUCUUCUGAAUUCGGACUUACGACGAUCGUUGCGGAUAUGCAUACGAGAAAACGACUGAUGGCGCAGAAGGUCAGAGAGGGAGGGCCCGGGAGUGGGUUUGUUGCGCUGGCCGGGGGGUUCGGGACGAUUGAGGAGGUAAUGGAGAUGACAACGUGGAAUCAGUUAGGGAUUCAUCAUCUGGGAGUUGUGCUGUUGAAUGUUGCUGGGUAUUGGGAUGGGUUGUUGGAGUGGGUGAGAAACUCGGUGAGGGAGGGAUAUGUAUCUAAGGAGAAUGGAGGGAUUCUGGUAGAGGCGAGGACCGUUGAGGAGGUAUGGCCAAAGCUGGUGCAGUAUCAGGUGAGUGAGGGGAGAUACCAAUUGAAUUGGUCGGAUGAGUAA